AUGAGAAGAACAUCUAAUCUUUAUUGUUUUUAACAGUGUAAAAACAACCACGGGAAACAUUUGUGUAUGCUAUGUGUGUAAAAUAUAUCAUAUGUAUCCAAUAGAGAAUAUAAGAUAUGUAGACUAGAGUGAUAUUUUGUUUCUUAUGCACCAUACGACAACAUUAAUCUUUGUUGUCAGUUCUGAACACAAUCAUGAACAGUUGGCUACAGAACACCUUUUUUCUUUCUUCUUUAAUAUGAUGGGCAAGUUCAAAAUAAACCAUGCAAUAUUUAGAAAAAUGUCACCCAGUAUUGCAGUUUUUAGAGAUGUUGAUACAGUAGUUUGCUACAAUAAUUUUCCAUAGGUUUACAUUUUGAUCACUUCUAUAGACACUAGUCUACUCUUGAAGAUAAGAUAACAUCAACUCUUUGUUGUUGUUUUAACUUUGUGUUUUAAUAAAUCAAUGGCCAAUUACUAUCAGGAAAAUAUUGAAUGUAGUCAUCUUGAAUUAAGGUCAUCCUCACCUAUACAAUUUUUGCAAAAUAACACCGACCCACAUGCAAACCUUGUUAAUGAGGUGUGUUGGAUCACCAUGGCUCUGCACAGGGGCACUCCCAUGAGGCGGUGCGUUAUUCAUGCCAACAUCAUGCGUUCAUCUGUGCUCAGAUGCUGCUGUAAACUUAACCGGACUGUACUGGAAGGGAUCCUGACAUCCUAUCGAUGGUUGUCUUGAGGAUAAGAAAUGCGCACAAAAGGAAAUAUGCACUUAUCUGCCUGUGCAUUGCUGGCUUCAUCAUGUACAGAUAUCUCGGCAUGCCAGCAGGGGGACGGAGGAUGAGCAGGAAAGUGGGCCUGAGCGCCAACUCGUCCCAGUUCACCCUGGAGGGAGAGCCUUUCCGCAUCCUCGGGGGAUCCAUCCACUAUUUCCGUGUGCCCAGGGCCUACUGGAGGGACCGCCUGAUGAAAAUGAAGGCCUGUGGCAUCAACACCCUGACUACGUACGUGCCGUGGAGUCUGCACCAGCCAGAGAGAGGGGUGUUCAACUUCCACACACAGCUGGAUUUAGUAGCCUAUAUCAAUCUUGCCGCUGAAUUGGGAUUGUGGGUGAUUUUACGUCCAGGGCCUUACAUUUCCUCUGAGCUGGAUCUUGGAGGACUACCAAGCUGGCUCCUCCGUGAUGGCAGCAUGAGACUGAGGACGACUUACCCAAGCUUCACUCAGGCUGUCAACACGUAUUUUGACAAACUUAUACCAAAAGUGGUUCCGUUGCAGUUUAAGAAAGGGGGUCCUAUCAUUGCAGUGCAGGUUGAAAAUGAAUAUGGAUCAUUUGCAAAAGAUGAAAGUUACAUGCUUUUCAUUAAAGAGGCUUUACAGUCCAGAGGGAUCAGUGAGCUUUUGUUCACAUCAGACAACCACAACACAUUAAAGUCGGGGGGUGUGGAUGGAGCCAUCAGAUCAGUGAAGCUGCAGAAGCUAAAUCACAGAGACAUCCAGGAUCUCAGUGCUAUCCAGCCCAACAGCCCCACCAUGGUGAUGGACUACUGGACUGGCUGGUAUGAUGUGUGGGGUAACCUCCACCAUGUGCUCCCCCCAGAGGAUAUGGUGUCCACUGUGAGAGAAAUGCUGAGGAGAGGCAUGUCUGUCAACCUCUACAUGUUCCAUGGAGGCUCAAGUUUUGGCUUCCUGAGCGGAGCUCUCACUGAUCCUUCCUACAAAGCAUUAGUCCCCAGCUAUGAUUAUGAUGCUCCCUUGUCUGAAGCUGGGGAGUACACUCAAAAGUACCAUCUCCUUAGGGAUCUACUUUCUCGAUUCAACAGAGGGGAGAGUUUCCUGGACAUGCCAGCCCUGCGUUACAGGGAGGCUUAUGAACCAGCUAUCAUGUACCAGCACCUGUCCUUAUGGGACGCUUUGAGCUUCACUGAGGGACCAUUUAAAUCAUCUAAGCCAGUAAACAUGGAGAACCUACCUGUUAACAACAAGAAUGGCCAGUCCUAUGGAUACACACUGUAUGAGACCACUAUCACCAGUGGAGGCUUAUUGAAGUCUGGAGACAAUGUGCGAGACCGUGCCCUUGUGUUUGUAGACAGAAGCUACAUUGGCCUUUUCAAGCGCCAGAGCCUGGAGCUGGCAGUUCCUGAUGGUAAGGAACGGCGAACCCUAAGUUUAUUGGUAGAGAACUGUGGACGAGUUCACCAGGGAAGAGACCUUGACAAACAACAUAAAGGCCUCGUGGGAGACAUUUUAUUAAACAAUAUUCCCCUGCAGGAUUUUACAAUAUUCAGCCUGGAUAUGAAACCCAGCUUUAUUGAUAGUCUUUAUCAGGCACCUUGGAAAACUCUCCCUGAAACUCCCAGCUUCCCAGGUUUUUUCAUGGGGAGGCUGUUUGCAUACGGGUAUCCGAGUGACACAUUUGUGAAGCUGCCAGGUUGGGAGAAAGGUGUUGUGUUUGUCAAUGGGCUGAAUCUGGGCCGCUACUGGUCCAUUGGCCCCCAGCAGACUCUCUACCUACCUGGUCCCUUUCUCAACAGUGGAAUCAACCAGGUGAUUGUGUUUGAAGAGCAAGAGGCUGACUACAAGGUCCAAUUUGAGGACAUGCCUGAUCUCGGCAUGGCAGCAGACAUCCAGUGACUGUCAUCAUCUCCUGUAUGGGCAUUCUCUUUCUGUGUAAAAUAUGUGUACAAAGUACUCACCACAUCAGGCUGAGUCUUUAAAGUUGAGGAUAAUAUCAGUGUUGUUAUAUCAUAGUUACUAAUAUAACACCUUGAUCAAA